AUGUGGCACAAUAUUAUACGGCUGGAACUUCGUGAUGCCGUGACCAAUCCUCAAAUCUUUGCCGCGCUUUUGGAUCUGGAAAUGCCUGUCCCUUCUCAGAGCAGAACGCGCGUUGAAUUUACCGAAACUGACGCAGACUACAUCAUCCAGUAUCUUGCCAAGUACACCCCCGAUGGGCGAGACAGGAGCGGAAACCAGAUAUGGAAGGCAUUAGGCGAGAAUGCGAAGCAGAAAUGGGCGUGGUCGAGCCGGCAUACCUGGCAAGCGUGGCGAAACCACUAUGUGAAGAAUCGCGAAUAUUAUGAUCAUAAAGUUUCGCGGCUACUCAAGAAACAGCGUAAAUUAGAGGAAGACCCCUCCUAUAUACCGGCUCCGUCAAAUCCAAAACCGACGCCAAGCGGGAGCACCCGCACAGCAUUCACAGCGGACGACGAUAAGCAUCUCGUAGCCUACCUCGCUAAGCACAGUAUUACUACGAACGGCCGGCUUGGAAACUCCUUGUAUCUAAAAUUGAUGGAAGAUGAGGAGGGCAAGUGGCCGUGGUCCCAACGCCACACCUCCCACUCGUGGCGCGAGCGAUACAAGACUCAGCGAGCGGAGUUCGAUUCGUAUAUCGAAGAAUGGCAAAGGGCACACCCAACCGAAGAGAUUCUGGAGACGCCUGGCCCGCGCAGCAGAAAGAAGCGUGUGCGCAACGGUACUGCAAACGGUCGCGCUAGUCCGAGUAGCAGAGUUCCAGUAGUGGUGGAAGAAGACGAAGAGGUGAAGGAGGAUGCCGUUGCCAGCGGCAAACAUAGGGAAGAGCAGAUGAUUCACGGGAAGGGCAAACGCAAGGCGAAGCACACCGCGGAGGACGACCCACAAUCUACGCGCAGGAAAAGGAGGCGUAAGGGCGAUUCUGCAGACUCCAUAUUGGCGGCAGAGGCCGACUUCCCGCCGAUUCGCGAAGCUGAGGAGUCUAAGCCUAUAAUAGGACCGUCUGGAUUUCAGGUUGCUGAUCCUGCUACGCCGCAUGAGGAGGAUACAAGGUCUGUGUCUUCACGGGACGACACUCCGACCCCGGUGUCCAGAGCCAAGCCCGACAUCGCGCAGGAAGGCAAACUCUAUCCUGACAUAUCCGCUUUUGCGCCUCCGCCAGACAAUUCAGGGUCUUUCCCCGGUGCGUUCCCGGUGACGUCGACCCCGCGUGGGCAGCCAGGAGAUCACUCUGGGAGCCUCCAAAUAGUUUCGUCGUUGAAGGCAAUUCAGUCCGAGCAGCAGAAGUCGGCGCAUGGUCCCACGAAAAUCACACAGGGUCCUACCCCUCCUACAAGUGUGGCACGGUCGCCUUCGUCUAUUAUAACGGACGUCGCUGUAUCUAACCAACGCACUGCUGUCUACAGAGCAGGAAGCGCCCAAAGUCAGGUUAGCGUACCCGCAGAUCAGGGACAGCCCAACAGCAAAUCGCCAACCGAUGACCGCCUAGAGACUCCCGAUAUGCCAUCUCACAAGGUAGCCGAUCACCACACGAAUGUCGAGGCCGGUCCGUCUCGAGAGUUCUUGAAAUCCUCCGCGAAGCCGAAGAAGUCAUCACAUCGCCCUUUUAUGCUAAAAUCAGCAGACGACAUCACAUUCGCUUCUGAACCUCCUACGCCGGUCGCGGCCAGCCGGGAAAGCACACCUCAGCCACGGAAGCGACCCAGGGAGCCUCCGCGUCUCGACGAGGGCGCAUUUAACAACGCGUUCACUGAUGCCAAAGGCAGACGUCGUGUGAGCAGGGAUGGAUUCGGUCCUCGUGUUAGUGGGGUAGAAGACACUGACGACGACGAGGGUGAUAACGAGAGUGAUGAAGGUACCACGGAUGUGGGAGAUUGGCCGCCCGCGCGUCGUAAAGGUAAAGACAAGGAGGAGACGGCACAGCGAGCGACGAGCAGGCACGCGACCGCAGAAACAAGGCGAGGGCCAUCCAAUUCUCAACCUUUUGCUGGUGCGAAGAGUGCAGAUACGUAUGCCUCGACGUCUCGUACAUCCCAAGUCAAUCGCCAGAUUACUCAGAGGGUACAUCACCCAUUCAGUCAGCCAACACAGGACCCUGGUACCCAGGCCAUGACACAGUCGCAGGGGCAAUCGCAGCACCAUCCCUUUAGCCAGCCGACACAACAGAUUGACAGCGUCCCGAAACUCUCCGACUUCAUGACAUCGCGCGUGGACCGCUCUUCCACAGCGCAACCUUCGAAGGUUGCGCUACCUCCGGUGAAUCAUCCUCCGACCAGGCCUUUCGCAUCUGGCUUCGGCGAAUUUAUGCGACGCCAGGAUACCAUCAGCCAAGCAGCACAUGCACAAAGCAAGGUCGCUCCUGAUCGUGCCAUCGCAAGCACGGCUCAUAUACGUCCUUCCAAUUCGGCCCAAAAGGUGCCCCAUGAUGCUUACGAGGAGGAAGCGGGCGGCUCCCGCAGUGUUCACUUCCAGGGUGACCUGUCUGACGUCAAAGGCAAAUCUCGGGAGAUGCCACCGCCGACUCCGUAUCCUAAUCCUCGGCGCAACACUCUGAAUGGGCAAAGAACGGACAUUGCGCCGCAGAUAUAUCCCCAAGAGAAGGCCCCCAGGGUACGAAUGUCAGAACCUGUGCUGCCUACUGCGCGCGCGAUUGCAGGCUCCCUCGAUGAUUCCUUGCUCGGCACUUCUCUCCGUCACCGGCGGUCCAGCCUCAUGAACCGUCCCCGUUCCCGCGCCACGUCUUUGGACCCCGAUCUGCACCUCAGCGAGGCAGACGAGUCCGUCAUCGUGCAGAUUGGCAUCGACUCGGCGAUCCAGACCAUGUCUGAGAACCAUGGGUUCAACCCGGAGAUCGUGCGUCGCGUUUGGAGCCAGACAGGGUCGCUCAAGGAGACCGACGUGACUCUCGCCAAGAUGCGCGAGGCUGCGGAGCGUGCGGCCCUGCAGCACCUCGAGGCUCUGCAGGACGGGGACGAGCAGGCUGCUCCCCGUCCCGCGAGAGGGCGCUCCUCGGACGCGCGCCGUUCGCGCUCAAGCGUCGGGGGCGCGCCCUCUCGCUCCUCUCACGUGGGCACAUCUUCAGUCCUGCAGAUCGAGCCCAUCAUUGACCAUGCGCAGGAGGGCUCGGACGACGAGUACUCGCCGCCGAGGCGGUCGCGCGCGGGGCAGUACGCGCGCCUCGUGAAAGAGGGGCGGGAAGACGAGGCCCUCGCGCGGGAGUACAGCCGGCUGGGCGGCAUCUCGCCGUUCCAGACGCCCGACAAGCGGGAGGCGGUCGACGACGGGGACGAGGACGAGGACGAGGACGAGGACGAGGACGAAGUCGAGGGUUCGGACGACGGGAGCGCACUGGAUGAGCCUUGGGGCGGAGAUGAACGCAUGGACGUCGAUCCCCACCAACUCGCGUCAGAAGCGGCCGGCGAUGGUUCUGAGCAGACCGGGCUGCUGCAACUUGAGAACAAGAUGGGGCAGAACUCGCUCAGGCUGAUGCUGGCGAAGCAGCUCGGCAGCUUCUUGGCGUCCGGUACGACAGCUUGA